GCUAACAGCACAAGCCCCUGUCAUUUCCUAGGAAAGCUUCAAGAUCAAAUAACUCGUUCCGCUUCCAGCGCCCUCCUAUAUCCUUACCCAGGCGGCGAAAUCCUCUUCUGUGUAUGUAUGCAAUUUGGGCAGAACUUUUCUGAUGCGAUGGGGACUGUGCCAUGAGAACUGGUAAAACCGGGCUAUCGCCAUGACGGAACCCCACAGGGUUCAGUUCACCACUCUCCACGGCCCGCUAAGCUCCAGUUUCUUGAAAAAGCCUCGCAAAGAGGAUGCAGAGCAUCCCCAGGACUCUGAACCCGCUGCAGCAGCAGUUCGAAUCACACUAACUCUCUUCGAGCCAGAUCACAAGCGUUGUCCAGAAUUUUUCUACCCAGACCUUCUAAAGAGUAGUCGAGGGAAAGUAAAAGGUAGUUCUUCAGGAGACAAGAGGAAAGAGCCUGCUGAUCCCUUCAAUGAUGAAGAAAAGGAAAGGCAUAAAGUGGAGGCUCUUGCUAGGAAGUUUGAAGAAAAAUAUGGUGGCAAGAGACGUAGAAAGGACCGUAUUCAGGACUUGAUUGAUAUGGGGUAUGGAUACGACGAGUCUGACUCCUUCAUUGAUAAUUCUGAAGCAUAUGAUGAGCUCGUUCCAGCUUCUCUAACUACGAAGUAUGGAGGGUUUUACAUCAACUCAGGAACACUGCAGUUUCGGCAAGCAUCUGAUGAUGAAGAUGACUAUGUUAAAGAGAAAAAGAAGAAAACUCCCAAGAAGCGGAAGUUGAAAGAUGGAGGUGAAAAAAUGAAGAAGAAGAAGAAAGAUGAUUCUUAUGACAAGGAAAAGAAGUCAAAAAAGUCCAAGUUCCCAAAAGCUGGCUUUACAGCAUUAAAUGCAAGUAAGGAGAAGAAGAAAAAGAAAUACUCCGGAGCUCUUAGUGUCAAGGAGAUGCUAAAGAAGUUUCAGAAGGAGAAGGAAGCUCAGAAGAAAAGAGAUGAAGAGCCGAAGGUCGUGACUCCCUCACCAGCAGAACCUCCAGCCCCAAGGGAGGUGGAGACGAUGUCUGACCCAUUGCUUUCACUCUUUGGCCAGGCCAGUGAUAAUGACCUGCUUCAGGCAGCUACUGCUAUGGACUCAUUAACUGAUCUAGACUUGGAGAGGCUCCUCAGUGAAUCCCCAGAGGGGAGUCCCUUUCAUGAUGUGGAGGAUGGGAGUGAUCCUCUUGGAGUGGGCUUAGAACAGGAUUUCAAGCACCCACCGUCCCUCCCAGAAGGAGUGCCAGCCCCUUUGGAGAAACGCAUCAAAGAACUGACUCAGGCUGCCAGAGCUGCAGAAGGAGAAGGCAAACAGAGAUUCUUCACUCAGGAUAUCAACAACAUCAUACUGGACAUAGAGCUGCAGACCCGAGAGCUGAACAGCCAGAUCCGGUCAGGGGUGUACGCCCACCUGGCUGCCUUCUUUCCUUGCAGUAAGGACACUCUGGUCAAACGUGCCCGUAAGCUUUAUCUCUAUGAACAGGGUGGCCGACUGAAGGAGCCUCUACAGAAGCUAAAAGAUGCCAUUGGUAGGGCCAUGCCAGAGCAGAUGGCUAAGUACCAGGAGGAAUGCCAAGCCCAUACUCAGGCGAAAUUUGCCAAGAUGCUGGAGGAGGAAAAGGACAAAGAGCAGCGAGAUCGAGUUUGCUCUGAUGAUGAUGAGGAUGAAGAAAAGGGAGGCAAGCGCGUCAUGGGACCUCGAAAGAAAUUUCAGUGGAAUGAUGAAAUCAGGGAGCUGCUUUGCCACUUGGUGAAGAUUAAAUUGGAUGGCUAUGAGCUUGAAAAGAAUAAGGCUCAGCCUCUGGAAGAUUAUGUGAAGACCUUCCUAGAUGCAGAGGUGAAGCCCCUCUGGCCAAAAGGCUGGAUGCAGGCCAGGACACUGUUUAAGGAGAGCAGGCGUGUACAUGGACACCUCACAUCAGUCCUGGCGAAGAAGAAAGUUAUGGCCCCCACUAAGGUGAAGGUGAAGGAAUCUUCCUGUAAACCAGAUAAAAAGAUCCCAGUUUCUGUUCCUUUGAUGCACUCAAGCAGCACCUUAGCUCUCUCAUCAGAGCCCCAGGGAGGAGCUCUGGGCAUCAGCACCCAGACCAGAGAACUCUUGUCCCUUGGGACAGCCCAAGCAGCCAGCAGCACUGGCACUCCCGCUACCUUCAUGGAUGACUCUUUGGAUGAGGACUUAAUUCAUAAUCCCACCUCUUCACUUGAUGCCGUCUCUAAAGAAUUGGCUGUGCUGAACAGCAGAGCAGGAGGAAGCCCUGACUUUACUCUUCCUGGACCUCCAAAAGCUCCAUCAGAGAAGAUCCCAAAUCUUGCAUCCUCAGAGGAGAAAAGGACAUUUCCAAAGUCCAACCCUUCCCCUACACCCUCCCCUGCUGGUUCCCUUCAGUCUCCUCUAAAUUUCCUGGCUGAGCAGGCACUGGCAUUGGGUCAGUCCUCUCAAGACAAAAAGACAGAGAGCUCAAAUUACAAAGAGCUCUCCUGCCAAGCCUCCCCCAGCAAAAUCCUUCCUGAUGCACAUCAGUCUAAGCAGAAACAUCACAGCCUACUCCGACCUAGCCACGGGCCUCAGACCUCCGCCCCAGUGCCGGGUGCUCAGGUGAAGGUCUUUCACUCAAACAGCCAGCCACAGAAAGCUUUCACAUCCCCGGCUCCGUUUGUCAAACUGCAAAACCCCAAGUCCUCUUCCCCACUGCCCCAGCGCUCCCUCCUCCAGCAGGUCAAGUCAUCAACCAAAGCUCAGAGCUUCCAUUCCUCUGCUUCACCAGGCAGCACCCCAACUUCCAGCAGCUCCCACAAGAGCCCAGGCUCAUCCUUGUCAUCUCUCAGCUACACAGGAAAGCACUCAACUGGCUCUAGCUCUUCAGGACAAUCUUACAAAUCCCCCUUUGUUUCUGGCUCCCUCUCCAAGCACGGGGCCUCUUCCAGCAGCUCCUCCUCUGGAGCUUCUGCAAACCAGGGCUGCUCCUCUGGUAGCUUGCUGCCUGGUGUGCAGACGCCUUCCUCGGGACAGGCACCCAGCCGCUCCUCUCCAAGCUCCUCGGUGAAGAAAACACCCGUUUCCCAGAAGCUGACUCUGGUAGCCCCACCUGGUGGUUCAAACGGAGAUUCUAGCGGGGGCACUCAAGGGGUGGCCAAAUUACUGACCUCCUCCCUAAAGCCAGCUGUCGUUAGCAGCGCUGCAUCUUCUACCUCUGUGCCGAAAGGAACUAGUGGAGCUGUGCUGCUAACAAGUUCUUCCUCCUUAAGUGUACUGUCUCCAUCCUACAAGUCCAGCAAUCCAAAGCUGCCAGCUGCUCUGAGCUCCACCCCUUUAGGUAUUAUCUCUCCUAUUCAUUCCUUCCCUCUUCAUGUCAUCUCCUUCAGUUCAGACUCCUCCCCGAAAGCAGGCGUAUCAAAGGAUGCAAUAGUUACGGGACCUGCCCCAGGAACUUUCCACCAUGGCCUUGGCCACAGUCUUCUAGCUGGCUUGCACUCCAGCCCCCACCAUGCAGCGCCACUCCCACAUUCUGCCCUGUCCACUCAUUUACCGCAAAGUUUGCCAGGUAACUUGUCAGACAGUCUUGUUUGUCUUCUGCGUCGUGAGUCAUCCUGUACCUUGGCAGAUGCCUAUUCUAGGGGUGAAGGCAAAGUUGUUUUCCACAUUAUCUGACAGGUGCAGUCACUGCUAAAAACUCCAGCCUCUCCAAGAUACAGAGCUAGGCUUAGCCCUUUGCACCUUUACUAUGUAGUUGGCCAGCACAAACUUGUUCAGCUGUAGAAUGAUGAGCCCUCGGUACUUAUAGCAAGUGUUGGCUCCUGGAGGUCCUCAGCUUUGCUGUUUGUGUCGUAGUAAAGAAUUAUUCUUCUAGGGUUAAAGCUGUGCGUGUUUACGUACAGGCUGCUAGGACUUCCUAGGGUUGAACGUUCUGGCUGUUGGAGUUUUGUCACUGGUGACCUACAUAAAAUGUGUCGGACCAGACAGUCUUGCAUCUGUUCACUGAGCUGAUUGCCUGCAUUUCCCUCACAACAGGUUUGUAGUGUGAAUGGAAACUGCUUUACUUGGUGUUGACAAUGUGAUGAUUUUGCAGUUAAGCCUGUUCCUGCCUCAGUUUGAUGCCUGCAGACCUAAUGCACAAGACGAGAGAUUUCUGAAGAACACCCUCUCUGCUCGUAAAUGGAGUCCUGCCUGCUGUGGCUUGGUGGGCCGUGAGUGUGUGGAAACAUGGUGGCACUAUGGAGAAAGGAAAGAAGUGAGGGGGUCCAUGCAGCGUUCAGGAAAUGAAAAUGCGAGGGUUCAGGACUGGGCUCAUCUGCUUCUGGCAGUUGCUUACCCCAUGGUAGUUGCUGCAGCUAUUUCUGCUUUCUUCAUCAAGUAUCCCUUGGCUCUUCAGUGCAGUUCAGUGCUACUCUCCCAGCAUCUGCUCCUACAGUGAUGCUCUUGCUGGGCAACAUGUGUCUGAUCUGGGAGUGGAUGUGCUAGCUUAAUUUUGUGGCACUGGGGCUAUUAGUAGAUGUGUGGAUAAGCUGCUGGAGUUAAUCUGGCCUCCCAGAGCAGUCAUGGGGUAAAAUGCCCUUCACUGUUGAGGACAGUGCUUGUUUGCUGGAGGAAGAAGAGUGCUGUGUACUGGUGAAAAUUCAAAGAAUUUGUCGUCUCUGCUUCUUUUGUUGAAGUUUGCCUGAGCCAUGUUUUUACAGCUCUUCACUGAGAUGGAGCAGAAGCAGCAGCUACUGGCAGCAAUCACUGGAGUGAAAGACCUUUCCUUGAUCCAUAGGGAAGAAUGGAAGGCUUUCUGCUUUAAGCUGUAUUUGUAAAUUUACAGUUACUGGAGAGUGAGAUGUUUGAUUUCUAGUUGAACAAGGGUUGUGAAAUGUAUUCUGUGUCACUGAGAAGGAGUUCUCUGUCUCAUUGUUUGAGGGAAUUUAGAGUGGUGACUUCACUGUGGCUUAUAGAGCUCAUAACAAAAGAAUUUUUUUUGAUGGACUGCUGCUUUUAGACAGACCGGAUGUAGUGCCAGAAGCUGAGGGCAAACAAAAUGCAACUAGAAAUAAGUGACCACUGAAACAGCUUCUACAGUGGCAUGCUGGAUUCUUCCUUCCUUGGUCUUUUUGCAUAAAGAUUGGAGACUGAGCUCAGCGUUGUCAUUUCUGAGGAUGUUAUCAAUUGUGCUUUGCCAAAGUAGAUACUUAAGUGACAAUCAUAGUCUUAAAAUAUAUUAAUUUCUUUUUGUGGACUAAACUGUGGCUGGCUGUAUAGACAGCCCCAGCUGUAUCACUCUGUCUGAAAACUGAGUAGACUCCAGUGUGUUCAGAGGUCUCUGUACGUGCAAGGAAAUGUUGAUGUCUUAAGCAAAGGCUCUUAUACCGACAUUCAUCAAAAAGCAUUUGAGCAAAGAGCAUUCAGCAUUUGCUUGUGUGUUGCUACUGCUGCAUUUGCUGCUGGAGGUGCAUGUGCGCUGGUGCCAUGACAAUGGUUCUGCUUGCUUCAGAGAGGUUCCGUGCUGGGACUGAGCUCUUGCAUGGGGUAAACUGUCCUUGCCCUGGAGAAGAAGAAGCUGUUGCUACCCCGCUCAGUGCUUUGUUCGUGAUAGUCUGACGCUAGUUUUAGUUGCUCCUGAUAACUUCUGCUUCCUUAAACUUUCUUGAUUUUUCUCUCUUCGCUGCAUUUUCUCUUUCCCCUCCACAGCUGUUCCUUUCCUUCAGUGGUUAGGCUCCUGUGAAUCCUUUUGCUAUCAGUGUGCACCCAAAGCCUUCAUUGCAAUGGCAAAGGUCUGCUAACAGUUUUAUUUGAACCCACCUUUAGAUGUUAGGCAGCAAAUACCAUGUAUUUUUAGCUUCCUAGAUGGGGGUACAUGGUAGCAUAAAUUGGUAGGCUAGCUAGCCUCCCAGCAAAAAGCUUUGGUGCUUUUGCUGGGAGACCACAGGAGACUCUCAGUGCUUCCCAUGGCUGUUGCCUGGAUGCAGAGGAAGGGCUGCUUCCAAUUAUUAGAUGUCUUUGAAGCACUUCCUCUUACCCCUGAUUCCUUGGUGGCUGAAGGUGAAAGUAGGCUUUUCUGUGCAGAGAGAUCUGGCUGCCCCAGCUGCACCCAGCUCCACGUAGCUGAUGCCAAAACCCCUUCCCACUUGGUUUUGAUCUCUUUCAGAUGCUUCUCAGCUUCAUGGCAAAGGGUCCAAUGCGCAGCAGCGGAAAUUGUGACAUCUGCAAGGAGGGGAGCUAGAGCACACAUAGGAUAAAAACCAAGAGGAACAGGUCAUGAAGACUGAAUACCAGCUGUGUCUUUUUCUCACGACAACUGGAGAGACUGAACUGCAAAGAGGAGCUCAUUGGCACGUUUGCUCAGAGGCUUUCAGAGCAAGGCCUUACACAAAGGGUCAUCUUGAGCCAUGCCCUAAUGAGAGAAGCAUUUGUAGCACUGUUUUAUUGCUGCUGCCCUUCACGCAUUCCCUGGCACUGGCAAGCGCUAAAACUUGCAGGGAGACUCGGGUGGCUUGGCUUUCUUGCAGAAAGUCCAGUGCUGGUGGAUUCCCACCCGCCUGUGUCUACAUCUGCCAAGUACCUCCAAGUCUAGUUACCCCCUUGGUCUGCCAGUGGAGGGUGUGAAAGGUGCUUCUUUCUGCUUUGGAUUUACUUGGGUAAUUCUGGCACUGCCAGUGCUUUCCGAAGACAUUUGACUAACUUUUCAAUUGUACUAUAAAACUGUGCUACAGUUAAUUGGAGGACUUAACAUUUCCUGUGUGGUGAAUCUAACGAACCACCUGGUGUUCCCCUCUGGAGGAGAAGGAAGACUCUUUCCUGAGACAUUUCUAGAUGCACUCAUGAACGUUGAGAAUUCUACUUCUUUUAUUCUUUGGAUUUUUUUUUUCCUCUAAAGGGAUGUGUUUUUCCUGCUCAGUUUUAUCCUCAUUACCAUUGAAUGCAUUGGAUCGAAUGGAACACUUCUCAGCAUGUCACAUGUAUAGGAAGACAUAAUUCCAGUGCCUUUUAUGGUGGAGCAAGAGUGGACUAAUGACACACAUUUCAGCCCUAUUUUGUGUGCUCCUCAACCCUUUUUUAAUCAUUCUGUAUUUAAGAUGUAUUCUGUUUUAUUUAAUAGAGCUUUUUAUGGUUGCACAUCAAAAAAA